GUCCACAUCAUGAUGCAGUGGUCCAAGUUGCUCACGUUCCAUGGACGUCCAAUGCGACGGCUGUCAACCGGCGUAUCCAAACCUCCACUUGUCGCAAUGAACUCUCUCACCGGCCGUCUGGAUACCUUUCCUUCCUCGUCGUCGCCGUUGAAAUGGUACGUCUGCGGGCCGACUGUGUACGACAGCGCCCACCUGGGUCACGCACGCAGCUACGUGAGCCAAGACAUUUUGCGCCGCAUCGUGACACAACACUUCCACCAAGACAUCUUCUUGGUGAUGGGUAUGACCGACGUGGAUGAUAAGAUCAUCGCCGCAGCGUCCGCUCAGCAGACGUCCAUGGCUAAUGUUGCCAGGCACCACGAGACUGCCUUCCUUCGCAAUUUGGCGGCUUUGAACGUCCUGCGCGUGUCCUCCAUCACGCGCGUGAGUGAACACAUUCCUGAAAUCAUCGGGUACAUCCAAGGCCUGGACUCGAACGGGUUCGCGUACGCCACGUCGGACGGCGUGUACUUUGACACUGUCGCCAUGGGUUCGUCCUACGGCAAACUGGCCCCUUCCACGCCCCAGGAGUACACUGACAUUGUGCUCGAAGACGGCGCUGUCGGUGGUGAGAAGCGGAACGUGCGCGAUUUUGCCCUGUGGAAGCUGUCCAAGACCCCCGACGAGCCGGGAUGGGAGUCGCCGUGGGGCCGCGGCCGCCCUGGGUGGCACAUCGAGUGCUCUGCCAUGACGCACCACGUGCUCGGGGGCUCCAUUGACGUGCAUUCUGGCGGCGUGGACCUUCGUUUUCCGCACCACAACAACGAAAUCGCGCAGUGCGACGCGUACCAUCACCACCAAGCCGGUAGGUACCUCAUGGUCGGGAGUUGUGUAUGUUUUUACAGUGGCGUAGAUCACACGUGGUGCCAGCACUUUGUGCACUUUGGCCAUUUGUACAUCAAGGGGCUCAAAAUGUCCAAGUCUCUCAAGAACUUCAUCACGAUCGACGCCCUCUUGGCCAAUUACUCGGCCGACGCGUUCCGCCUCUUUUGUCUCCAGUACAAGUACAACGUCAAUGUGCACUUUUCACACGACCGCAUGCGCGAUGCCAACGCCGUGUACCACCGCUUCCACUCGUUCUUCCACACGUUGCAAUCCCAUGUGAAAGCCACGGAGGCUGGCGGCGCUUCGGAACACGCCCGACGAGUGGAUGCGGCCGACUUUCGAGUGCUCGACGCCCUGGCCCAGUGCAAACUGGAAGUGGAUUCCGCCUUGCGACUAGACUUUGACACGCCUGGGGCGCUGCAGCAUCUUCUGGAGCUGGUCACAGCGACCAACAAAGCGUGGACUGACCGUCCAGCGAUGUCUGUUGAGGUGCUCUGUGCUGUUGCCACGUAUGUGAUGGACACGCUGGCGCUAUUUGGCCUUGACGCCUUGCGGUUUCCGUCGCUGCGAUUGGCUGCGCCUGUGGCUGACGACGCCGCGUCACAAUCGAAUGCCAUUCAAGGUGCCGACGUCAUGGAUGUGUUUACAACGUUUCGAGCACAAGUGCGGGCGUUGGCGCUGACCAACACGUCGGACAAGGUCGCGCAGGACAUUUUAAAGCUCUGCGACACCGUGCGGGACGCGCAAUUGCCAUCCCUGGGGAUCCAAAUCGAGGAUAUUUCCCCAGGGAAAUCGUUCUGGAAGCAACAGAUCGACGCCGUCGAAGACAACACGUCGACGGAGAAGGCGGUGCUGGCGGCCAAGGCAGCCGAGUUUGAAGCGGAGAUGCAAGUGCCCCCCGCCUCGUUCUUUCAACUGUCGCCGCAGUUUGCUGGAAAAUUCACAGCCUUUGACCACGAGGGCUUGCCCACGCACGACGCAGAUGGCACCGAGCUGACGAAAACAGCGAGGAAAAAGUUGGCCAAGAAACUCGACAAGCACGCGAAAUCGUAUGAAAAAUACUGGCGCAACAAAUAAGAAACAAAAUAAUAUAUGCGUUUUCCCACCUUA